AUGGUGGCGGAGAAGCCGUCCCUGGCGCAGUCCAUCGCCAAGAUCCUCUCGAGAGGGAACAUGUCCUCUCGCAAGGGACUCAACGGUGCGUGCUCUGUGCACGAGUACACCGGGUCCUUCAUAGGACAGAGUGCCCACUUCAAGAUGACAUCGGUGUGUGGUCACGUCAUGACUUUGGAUUUCAUAGGAAAAUAUAACAGCUGGGACAAAGUAGAUCCAGCAGAACUUUUUAGCAAAGCUCCCACAGAAAAGAAAGAAGCUAAUCCCAAGCUGACCAUGGUGAAGUUUUUACAGGUGGAGGGAAGAGGCUGUGAUUGUAUUGUCUUGUGGUUGGAUUGUGAUAAAGAAGGAGAAAACAUCUGUUUUGAAGUUCUUGAUGCUGUUCUUCCUGUCAUGAACAAACCUCGUGGCACGGAGAGGACGAUUUACAGAGCUAAAUUCAGUUCCAUCACCGACACAGACAUCUGCAAUGCCAUGAAUCACUUGGGAGAGCCCAAUCGCAAUGAAGCUCUGUCCGUGGAUGCCCGCCAGGAGCUGGAUCUGAGGAUUGGCUGUGCCUUCACAAGGUUCCAGACUAAAUAUUUUCAGGGGAAAUAUGGGAAUUUAGACAGCUCCCUCAUCUCCUUUGGGCCAUGUCAGACCCCAACACUUGGAUUCUGUGUUGAGAGGCAUGACAAAAUCCAGUCAUUUAAGCCCGAGACUUACUGGGUGUUGCAAGCCAAAGUGAACCCUGAAAAAGAAAGUUCUCUCACUUUGGAUUGGGACAGAGUGAGGGUGUUUGAUCGUGAGGUUGCUCAAAUGUUCCUGAAUAUAACAAAGAUGGCAAAAGAAGCAAAGGUAGAAUCUGUGAGUAAAAAAGAGAAGGUGAAGCAGAGACCACUGGCUCUGAACACAGUUGAAAUGCUCCGAGUAGCCAGUGCUGCUUUAGGAAUGGGUCCCCAACAUGCCAUGCAAAUAGCAGAGCGUCUUUACACUCAAGGUUAUAUCAGCUACCCUCGAACAGAAACUACCCAUUAUCCAGAAAACUUUGACCUGAAAGGAUGUUUGAGACAACAAGCCAAUAAUCCUUACUGGGCAGAAACUGUAAAAUCAUUGCUAUCAGAAGGCAUCAAUCGUCCAAGGAAAGGCCAUGAUGCAGGAGACCAUCCUCCCAUCACCCCAAUGAGAGCUGCAACAGAAGCAGAAUUAGGUGGGGACGGGUGGCGACUGUACGAGUACAUAACUCGGCACUUCAUUGCCACCGUCAGUGCUGACUGCAAGUACCUACAGACCACCAUUUCCUUCAGUAUUGGUCCUGAAAGAUUCACCUGUGUUGGAAAGGUGGUAACCUCACCAGGGUUCACAGAAAUUAUGCCGUGGCACAGCAUCCCAUUAGAAGAGAGUCUUCCCCACUGUGAGAAAGGAGAUCUUUUUCCAAUUGGUGAAAUAAAGUUGCUGGAAAAGCAAACCAGCCCUCCUGAUUACCUGACAGAAGCAGAACUGAUCACUCUCAUGGAAAAACAUGGCAUUGACUUAUCAGAACUACAAAGGAACAUCAGAGUUACUGGAGAGAGAGAAGUUAUGCACUGGAAGUUGGGUGACAGUAAGAAGGGUGGAUAUAUUGUUUUCCUUUGUGUGUCAGGAACUGAUGCCAGUAUUCCAGUCCACAUUAACAACAUUUGCCAGCGAAACUAUGUCACAGUGGAGAGUGGUCGAAGACUAAAGCCUACAAACCUUGGCAUUGUUCUGGUUCAUGGUUAUUAUAAAAUAGAUGCAGAGUUGGUUCUCCCUACAAUCCGCAGUGCUGUAGAGAAGCAACUCAACUUAAUAGCUCUGGGUAAAGCAAAUUAUCAUCAGGUCCUGGAGCACACCCUUGACAUUUUCAAAAGGAAAUUUCACUAUUUUGUGGAUUCUAUUGCAGGUAUGGAUGAACUGAUGGAAGUGUCUUUUUCACCCUUGGCUGCCACAGGCAAACCCCUUUCCCGCUGUGGUAAAUGCCAUCGUUUCAUGAAGUAUAUUCAGGCCAAGCCAAGUCGCCUGCAUUGCUCUCACUGUGAUGACACCUACAGUCUCCCCCAGAACGGUACCAUUAAACUCUACAAGGAGUUGCGUUGUCCCCUGGAUGACUUUGAGCUGGUGCUGUGGUCAUCUGGAUCCAGAGGAAAGAGCUAUCCACUGUGUCCAUACUGUUACAACCAUCCUCCAUUCAGGGACAUGAAGAAAGGAAUGGGCUGUAAUGAGUGCACCCACCCCACGUGCCAGCAUUCUCUUAGUAUGCUUGGAAUUGGGCAGUGUGUGGAGUGUGAGAAUGGGGUUCUGGUUCUGGACUCAACGUCGGGUCCCAAGUGGAAGAUGGCCUGCAACAAAUGCAACGUGAUCGUGCACUUCUUCGAGAACGCCCACAAGGUCCGGGUGUCACCCGAAACCUGCGACUUGUGUGAGGCGGCGCUCGUGGACGUGGAUUUUAACAAAGCCAAAUCUCCCUUACCUGGCGAUGAGACCCAGCAUUCAGGCUGUGUGUUCUGUGACCCCGUGUUUCAGGAUCUGGUGGAGCUGAAACACGCGGCCAUGAGGCACCCCAUGCACCGUGGGGGACAAGGGAAGAGGCAAGGCCGGGGAAGGGGCAAAGGCCGGAGACCUGGUGGAAGACUCAACCCAAAGAAACCCAAGGACAAAAUGGCAGCUCUGGCUGCUUACUUUGUAUAAUGGCCACACAACAGGAAAAUAAACUUCUUAUAAAAAUG